ACAGGAUUUUCUUUAUUGGUUAUGGACAGAAAAUUAUUAUACUUAUUCAGAUUCUGUCCUGAAUACAAAUGGGUAUGAAACAUUCUUUAUCCCUAAGGAGUUCACCACCUUACUGAUUUAUAAAAUAGAGUUGACCCUUGAACAACACAGGUUUGAACUGCACAGGUCCACUUACAUACAGAUUUUUUUCCCAAUAAAUACAGUACUGUAAAUGUAUUUUCUCUUAUAAUUUUUUCCACCUCAAUGAUAAUACAGCAUAUAAUACAUAUAACAUACACAAUAUGUGUCAAUCAACUGUUCACGAUAUCAGCAAAGCUUCCAGUCAACAAAAGGCUGAAUGGAAUCAAAGGUUCUACGUGGAUUUUCAUCUCUGGGGAGGUUCGAGUUUCUAACCCCUGCAUGGUUCAAGGGCUAACACUACAAAGGAAGUGGAUUACUGUACAAUAUAUGAAUGUGCUUAUAUGGACCGUAGGGGAGACGGAGAUACCCUGGGGUCCCACGCAUGAGGACGUGAACAGACUAAGAAAAAACUACUGAUACCCUUGAAGCCACCUUGGCUCCCCCGGCCCACCUGGUAGCCCUUACGCUUCGGCAAGCGGCCUUAGCCCACAUGAGUAGCCUUUCUGCGUGUAUCUGUGCCCCGUGCACGCUUUCCUGGGAGGAGCAGAGCACCUCCGACGGCAGGAAACAAACCAGACUCUCUUGCACAAGUCUGGCCCCUAAGGAACCAGACCCCUGUCCAAUCCCGAGCACUGUGAUGACGCUGCAGGCGGCACCAGGAGUCCGCACCGCACCAAGGAGUUAGGGACCGCUGCACUCCGACUCCUUGGCUGCCCUAAACUCCCUUGGGAGCCCGGGGCCAGGCAGAAACCCUGGAGGUGGCCUCCGGACCGGAGUCGGCCUCCUGCUGAAGCUCCCGUUCCGUUCCAGUGUCUCUGCAGUAUCGGCUUUCCCAGGGAGGGGCGGCCCAGCUUGGGGUUCCGUCCUAGUCUGCGGCACGGGCGAGAAGAGAAGGUCGCGGCACAAGCCCAGCGGACCGCAGUCCUAAGCCAGGCUGCUUUCCUCCUAUCUUCGUGUCUGGGGCUCUCAGGCCCCGAGGGCGUCCCACGUGCCGGGCUCCUCACCAAUCUCGCAGCUUCUCCGAGGGCUCCUGCCAUUCGCGUUCCAUUCUCCCAGCGGAGGCGGGGAGCCCGGGGAGCUCGCCGAAAGUCACACGGCUGGACGGUUUAAAAAGUUAACGUUUGAACAUCCCGAUCUUGCCUCCCCGCAGCAGGGACCAAUUGGGAAGAGCCCCGGCCGGGGCCUCCGCCGGCGCCUCCUCGCCCUUCCGCCCGGCGCUCGGGCGAACAGCGGAAGUGCCCGGGCGCCAACACUUCCCAUGGCCGCCGCUCCGGCGUCCGUAGCCUGCUGAAGCCGAGGGCGGUCCUGGCGGAAGUGACAUGAUCAGCUCGCGCCCGGAGAUCAGUAGGGUCGGAAAGGGUCGCCGUGGCGGGCGCCUGGGCCGCCUGCGGCCGAACUUCGGUUUCGCGAGCGCGCGGGGGACCGUGCGGGGACCGCAGCAGAUUACUGUUUCUUGGUGUGCAUGAGGAUAACGCAAGCAGUUGAGGAAAUCGCUAAGAAGCGUGUACUGGGGAUGCUCUAGGAAAAGACUGAAUGCCGAGGCAAGUUCCCGUCCAAAGGUAUUUGAUUUACCAAGAAGAGAGUGAACAUCAUGGAUCAGAACAACAGCUUGCCGCCUUAUGCUCAGGGCCUGGCCUCCCCUCAGGGUGCCAUGACUCCUGGAAUCCCUAUCUUCAGUCCAAUGAUGCCUUAUGGCACAGGACUGACUCCACAGCCUAUCCAGAACACCAACAGCCUUUCUCUCCUGGAGGAGCAGCAGAGACAACAGCAGCAGCAGCAGCAGGCCCAGCAGCAGCAGGCCCAGCAGCAGCAGCAGCAGCAGCAGCAGGCCCAGCAGCAGGCUGUGACAGCAGUGCAGCAGUCGACAUCCCAGCAGGCGACCCAGGGGGCCUCGGGCCAGACACCACAGCUCUUCCACUCACAGACUCUUACCACUGCACCCUUGCCGGGCACCACUCCCCUCUAUCCCUCCCCCAUGACCCCCAUGACCCCUAUUACCCCUGCCACACCAGCCUCUGAGAGCUCUGGGAUCGUGCCGCAGCUACAAAAUAUUGUAUCUACAGUGAAUCUUGGCUGUAAGCUUGACCUAAAGACCAUUGCACUUCGUGCCCGAAAUGCUGAAUAUAAUCCCAAGCGAUUUGCUGCUGUAAUCAUGAGAAUAAGAGAGCCCCGAACCACUGCACUGAUUUUCAGUUCUGGGAAGAUGGUGUGUACGGGAGCCAAGAGUGAAGAACAGUCUAGACUGGCAGCGAGGAAAUACGCCAGAGUUGUACAGAAGUUAGGUUUUCCAGCUAAGUUCUUGGACUUCAAGAUUCAGAACAUGGUGGGGAGCUGUGAUGUGAAGUUCCCUAUAAGGUUAGAAGGCCUUGUGCUGACCCACCAACAGUUUAGCAGUUACGAGCCAGAGUUAUUUCCUGGUUUAAUCUACAGGAUGAUCAAACCCAGAAUUGUUCUUCUUAUUUUUGUUUCUGGAAAAGUUGUACUAACAGGUGCUAAAGUCAGAGCAGAAAUUUAUGAAGCAUUUGAAAACAUCUACCCUAUUCUAAAGGGCUUCAGGAAGACAACGUAAUGGCUGUGCAUCCUCCUGCCUCUGCACCCACUUGUUUUUAAAACAAAUCAGUUUUGGUACAUUUAAAUGAUGGUGAUGUGGAUGGCCCCAAUUUGGUGAGAAAAUGGAUGUUCUGUGGGUUGUAGCACCUGGUGAAGCUCUCCAGCACGUGUUCCCCAUGGGGAUGCCGGGAAGUGGUCUUCCUUCUGCGUAGAGAACACCGCAGUGUUAUGUAAGUCGCCCGUACUGUGCUGCUCUUUGGGCAGCGCUGCCCAGUUAUUUAUAUUUAGGUUUUAAAGACACACUGCUGUCAACAAGUUGGUUUGAGGUACAAAACUUCAAGUGUUAAAGCCACCUCUACAGUUGAUUGGACUUUUUCUUUUGUUUAAUUUCUUCCCCAUAAACCACAGUUUUUAUAUUUCUACCAGAAAAGUAAAAAUCUUUUUUAAAAGUGUUGUUUUUCUAAUUCGUGACUCUUAGGGGUUAUUUUUGUGCCAGACACAUUCCGCCUUUUCAGUAUUGCAGGACAGAGUGGCCGUAUUAAUGGGAACGAAUGCUGUACAUAUUUUUCUUCCUCAGAGUACUCUGUACAAUAAAUGCUGUUUAUAAAAGUGUUAGCUUGAUGUUAUAAAUGACACCUUGUAAGAUUCAUGUGAUCAUAACUGUUAAAGUUGUAUUUUAGAUAUAAUUGCCUGAAACCGUU